GGGAGAUUAUUCCCCAAAUUCCCCCCUGCGAACGACUCGCUUCAAACUCGGCCGCUUUCCGUCUCGCUUCAAUAGUCUUGUUCCGAUUUAAUCGGAGCGAACCUGAUCCUAGAUACAGAGAUCGUUGGCCGCGAGGGUUUGAGGCGGCGGCCGCGGUGAGACGGUGAGGUCCCAGGAUUUGCGGCGGCCGCGAACGACGGAGUGCAACCGCGGCGAGAAGGUAUUUUCCAUUGGAUUCAGAAAACUAGUUCCAUAUGAUCGUGUCGGGGGCGGGGGCGGGGGCGGCGGCGGCGGCGGCGGCGGCGGCAGACACAAUGGAAGUAGCAGACGCGCGUGCGACAAGCCAUGGAGGCUUCUCCAUCCCCAUCGUUCUGAAAGAGAAAGGUCAUCAUCAAGAGGAGGAGGAGAUUCAUCUCCAUCUGUUGAAGCAGCUGCUCACACCAUUCAUCCUGGUUCCGGGGGACGACCCGGUGCGCCGGGAGUGGAUGCACGCUAAACCCACUCGCGGCAAGGAGAGGGACUCUGCGCCACCGCGUCGUUGCCACCGACUGUUCAGGAUCAAGCUCUCCGUCCGGAGAGGGCAGGCCUUGUGGUCGCACAAGGAGACCCCUCGUUUCAGCGCCGAGCGAGAGGGCGGGGGCCCCCUCCGCCUCGUCCGCCUCGUCGCGGACGGGUCUCGUCUGGAACUGGAAGAUGACGGCGGCCAGCUGGGCGCCAUCUCAUUUUUCCGCCUCAAGCCAUCGCAGUCCGGGCUGUCCGGCAAAGGAGAGACGCUCGAUCGAGACUCCGUGCCGAUGAGGGUGGUGGCCGUCAUCAGGCGGUUUCCUGGCCCCGGAGGCGACUGCAUUGCCCUCAUCUCCAAGCUGUGGUCGGCAAGACUCGGAGUGCGCCUCCAUGACAAGCUCUUCCUCCUGCCCCCCGGCAAUGCAACAGUCACCAUCACUUUCUCCGAACGAUGGUUCCGUGUCCCCUCUAAAUGGUCGGAGCAGAAAUUGUACACUAGGGUCGGCCAUGAUUUCGUCAACAUUACGGCCACAUUGGAGGAGCUGGCCCGGACGCUCUACCAGAUGUAUGAGCAAGAGGAGCAAGAAAAGAUGAUACUUAGCAAGAAACAAGAGCAGGAGAGGAGGAGGCAAGAAGAGUUGAACAGGAAAAGUGACGAGCUGGAGAUGAAGCCCAUGGCUUACAUUCCUCUAGGUCAUGGGGAUAUUAAGUGGGAAUCAUCUGAUGAAGCAAUGCUCCGAAGGUUUGAACUGUCACUGGGCACCAACAGGGAAGUUUUCUGCAACUUUGUUGAACAAGAAUGUCCUCAGGACAUGCGUUGGAGGCUUGCCUGUUAUGACAGAUUCGUUCUGCCAUUGACAACGGUGGAGCUUCAGGUAGUGGGAUUUGUGGAAGGCUAUUUGGACCCAAAGACCUUCGACUUCAUAGAACAAAGAGGCCAGACAGAGACGUUAAGAGCAGUGGCAAUGGUGUCGGUGUCACCACAGGUGGAUCAGAUUUUGAGUUUCAAGUUCCUAGCAGACAAUCUAGCAAUACGGCUCAAUGAUGGAACCAUUCUUACUGGCUGGACUGGAAUCACAGUUAGCAUCCAUUGUGGAGAUGAUGAUGAUGAUGAUAACAGUUGCACAUUCUUGUCCUGCACCUCAGCAGAGAGCUCGACACACCAAAUUCUAGAAUGGAAGAAUGAUGGUAAAAACCCCAUACCAUGUUCAUGUUUGCUUGUUCAGCUCAAUAGGAAGCUUCGCCAGGUAAAUGCCACAAUGACUAGCAGGGAAGAACAGGAUUUUGGACUUAGUUCCAUCUUUGCAUCAGAAGCAGAGGAAGACCAGGGACUUUUGUAUCACCACAUGCAACAAGAAAAUGAUGAUUUGAGGCAUAAUGUGUUAUCCCUAUCUGGGAAGCUAUCAGUGGAAGGGGAAGGGGAAGGUGAGUACAGCUUGUUGUUUGAAUCUCCUGGGGAAUCUGAUUGGGUGAAGGUUUCAGAGCCAUAUGUACCCAAGUUUCCAACUGAUGAGGAAAUUAGGAUGAGGGAAGAGUGGCGCAAGGAACGGCUUAAGCUAGUCAUGGAGCCGAUCACACAACCGGUGCCUGAACCAAGGAGGGGUUGGAAUUAUUUCAUGUGUAAGCCAGGCAGCAGGAGCACCAGAAGGGCAGAGCUCCCAGUGCGUGAACCUUUCGCAGGGUUCCACUAUUGGAUCUUGUCUGACAAAUUGGAAUCAAAGUUGCAUCCUAAGAGGAAGCUUUAUCCUAGACUUGUUUGUUUGGAGUGGUGUACUUGCUCACCCAGCAGGAUGUUGCAAGUCUACACCCUCGAGAUCAUUGUAGCUGAUUCUCUCCAUUCCUGCAAACUCGACAUAUCCGGUUUUGUCGCUAUUAGGGACUUCCGAGAUGAACAACGCAAUUACAUUUUCAACAGAGAAAUGGAUCACCCAUUGACUGUCCAAUCACAACAUGGUGUUUUGCGGCUGCCAACAUUGAGCCCUCGGAGAGCCAUUGAUAGUAAUUCUGAUAUCUUGCUUGAGUUCAACCUGGAGAUGAAGAGAACAGGUGAUGGCAUUGACAGUUACCAUGAGCUGAUCCAAGGAGUAGUAGAGCAUCCUAGUUUAGAGGGGCGCAGAUGGUCCAGAGUCAAUGAGCUGUCCAUUCUACCUUGUGGCAACCACUCUACUCCAGUGAUGCGCCUGAAGCUCGCUAUGAUUUCGAAAGGCGUCGAGGCUACCAUUGAGCUUCAGGCGCUCAUUCUGCCUCCCGAAGGCAUUGGUUUGCGCUGCACAGCUCGGGCAGGCUGGAUAGAUGAUGACAUUGAGCUUUUUGAUGGCAAAUACGGUGGCGGCGACAACACCUCCCUUCAGUUUGUGGUGGCGACGGAGCUGCAUGGCGACAUGGAGAUCUACCUGGAAGGAGUAUUCAAUGGCGUGAGCAAGGCAUGGUGCCUUGGUUUUGUGCCAAAGUUUCAUGCAUUGUUCUCUCAGGAGGUAGACUUCCAAUUCGCUCAGCUUUCGCUGACUGUUGCCUGGUCCAUGUAGAUAAUGCCCGUGUGGCUUUUUACAGAGUUGCCGUUCUAUUUUCCUUUUAGCUUGCGAGACUUCGGACUGUUUCAUAUCCUGAUUGUUCAGGCACAUUUUUUUUUUUCAUUUUUUGAAAGACCAGGUAUAGAACUGUUGCCAUUGGUGUCUCAGAUAAUGUGAAUCGCGCGCGAGCUGUGUUUUGGUAUGUUUCAGCCCCCGUUUUACCUGAAAUGUUGGAAUGAGAAUUUUCCGAGUAUUCAAGUAUAUGGCAUGUAAAUUUCGUCUUCGUUCCAUUGU